GAAGGUUUACAGUGUGACACCAGCGCGGGAGAAGCUGUUCGCUGAGAGGAGGACGGGGCUCGGAGUGGAGUGAGGGGCUCCGGGCAGCGGCUGACGUCUCGGAUGCUACUCAGGACGGGUCGCCAUGCUGCUCCCCUCCGAUGUGGCCCGGCUGGUGCUGGGUUACUUGCAGCAAGAAAAGCUCAUGUCUACCUGCCGAUCCUUUAUCGCGGAGAGUCCAAAUCUCAAGGAGUAUGCAGAGCAUCACACAGAAGAGGGCAGCAUUCCUGGAUGCUUGCUGUCUCUCUUUGGAAAAAACCUGACUACGAUCCUAAAUGAAUAUAUCUCAAUGAAGACAAAGGAGAAUCAAGCAGAAAUACCAUUCAUGGUGUCGUCUCUCUGGAGGAAGCUUGACCUCACGCUGUCCCAGAUCAGGACCAUACAAGAAUCAGCAGCAUUUAACAACAAUCAAAGAGCACGCACAAGAAAGGGGAUAAAUGACCGCUUACGACAGAGAAUGCUGACCUCCCCUCUGGCUGUUUCAGGUUCACCGAUACAUCAGACAUCUACCCCAAUAAUGGCAAAUCAGAAUAUUUUGCCACCUGUUCACACACCAGGUGCCUUACCACCCAUCGCCAGCUCUUCAUUUGGAGAAGUGUCUACUGUACAGAACAGUAACUCUACCUCCAUCAGCAUUGUGGAACCCGAAGCAAGCCGUUCUGCAGGCUGUACACAAAGAAAACCUCCACCUGCAGCCACCGCUUCUCCUAUGAGGCGAAAACAAGACGUACAGAGGAGGAGACGAGCAGCUCCAUUGAGCUCCACUGCACUAGCCUCAGAUGGAGGUGUGGGUGAAGAUGGUGAUUCCCUUCAAGGUAUCAUUGAUGGUGACUUUCCUCAAAUGGUGAUCGAAAAUGCAAGGGAAAAGAUCUUAAGCAAUAAGAGUCUUCAAGAGAAGCUGGCAGAGAAUAUUAACAAGUUUCUUGGAAGUGACUCGGCUGCACAGAGCUCCAAACAGGCAGAUGGAACAGCUGCCGAGCAAGACACCUCUAUUGAUGAGAUCCUUGGCCUGCAAGGAGGAGAGAUGCACAUGUCUGAGGAGGCCAUCCAUGAUAUCCUGACACAAACAGAGUUGGACCCUGACUUUCAGGAGCUCUAUGAUUUGUUUGCAUGUGUUACAGCCAAGGCUCCAAAGAUGACACCUCGUGACUCUUCAACUAGUAAUAAUGAUCCUAAGAACGUGACUGAAAAAGGGAAAAAACAAGAUGUUGUGGAACGAUUGCUGGAUGUGGAAAGUGAUUCUGCUCCGUGUACUAAGAAAGAUGUCUGCUCAAAGGGGAAAGAAGGCGCUAACUUACCUGACCAAUAUAAUGGAAAAUCCCUAGUGGACCAGACGUCUCAGCUUCCCAGUGCUUCCAAACAAGCAUGUGCAAAUGAAAAGCAUGGUUCAGAGACUCAAACUUCAAGUGGUGAUGGCCAGAAUACCUCUUUAAUAUGCAUACAGAGUACAGACGGUGACACAGCAAUGGACACCAGUAUAGGGGCUAAUGUGGUGAUUGAUUCACAGAUUGAAAAUAUGGAAAUCAAGGAGGGAGAAGUCUAUGGUUUCCUGGCUGAGGAUGUUCUGCCGUCAAACACAGUGUCCACAGAUAAAGCUAUAGCCACUGAGUCCUUGAGGAUUGUUAACGAAGAACCAAAAGAUAUAUCAAACCCUGGGGUGUCCAUCACUGGAACGCCUUCAGAGGAAAUGCUGAAGGAUACCAGUAAGAGUGACCCAGUUAUUCCACCACAGACAAAUACGGCAGGGACUCCACAAAAAGAAAAGGAUAAUCAGGUGACAACGAGCUUAAAGCAAAGUCCUUUGAAUCGCCCCUGUGCUGCUGCGACGGACCAGCAGGUAAAUGCAGCAGCUCCAGUAACAUCUGCUGGUAAUGGACUAACUGUGCAGAAUACAGCUGUCAACGUCGAACUCACAGCUUGUUCUGCACCUGAGACUGCAACCCUCUGUAGUCCAGUGACAAGUACUAGCCAACCCGUCCUGGGCGACUCAAGUAUAGUAAACUUCAACAUAAGUACAGAAGAUUUGCAGGAAGAUGCAGAAUUAGAUAAUGCUGUAAACAGUAUAAAUGUAGACAAUUACGCUACUAUUAUAUUGUCACCUCUAGUGGAAAGUCAAGAUCUGAAAAGAACAAUCCCAACCCAGGAAAAUGCCAUCAUAGACCUGACAGACUCAUCCCCGGUGGGAGAGCAAGCGCAACUGGAGGCUCCAUCAACUGAUGGCUCCGUAAGCAUUAAUGCCUUAAGUGGAGACUGCACUAUUUAUUCAAUUUCUGGGACUGCUAAUAGCACUGGAGAAAGCAAUGUCAUACAGAUCAUGCCAGCGACCAGCUCUACAUUCGCACCAACUGGUAACAUUUAUAUCAACAGUGGUCCGACCGUGCGGUCUAACAUUGUGAUGCUGUCUAAUAGUUCAGCUUCCAGCCAGAAGCAGCCAAGUCUUUUUCAAAGUCCUCCCAGGCCUGGCAGCGUUUACACAGUGGGGCAGACUAUGUCACCCAAACUUCCUCAAGGCUCCACCAUUAUACUUGCCUCUGCGGUCCAGCCUAUCUUGCAGGGAGUUAUGGGUAUGUUUCCUGUCUCUCUUGUUGGUCAAAAAGGUACCACAUUCACAGCACCGACUCAUCAGAUUUUGCGCGUUCCUGUAUCCAAGCCUAUAGUCCCAAAACUGCCAUUGCCUCCAAGGUCUCAGAAACUUGCUUUAUUGAAACCUUCUGUGAACACAGGAAAAUCAUUAUCCAACUCCUCAGCUGACUCUUCAAGUGGUUCUUCCAGUUCAGUUGUACAAAGGUCAGCACUUCGAUUAGGAAAUCAGGGUAAACGACCUGAAUCGGACUCACUAAAUAAACGUGUUGACACAACUGUCUCAGACAGCACUAAUGCUGCUGCCGCCAAAGAACUAGAAGCUCACAGAAGGGUGCUCUGUUUUGAUGGGACAACUUCAGGAGCUCCCAAGUUAGGGUCUCCAUCUUCAACAAAUUCCAAAAGUAAAAAAACUGACAAGAAUGAGACUGCUCCAAGUGUGGGAUCCUCUUCAGGAAAUGUUUCUACUUCUAAGUCAAACAUGUCAAAAGAAAAUAAAAAAAGUGAAAAUGCUCCUUCUGUAGUCAAGAACCCAAAAGCAUCCACAACUUCUGCUGCUUCUACUACAAAGGAUCAGGCUACAGAAAAGAGACCUGCGGCUCCGAGUGGUGGCACUUUGGGCAACAAGGAAAAUGUUUUACAGGUAGAGACUGGAAAUCAGCGAGCAGUGCAAGCUGACAAGAGGAGCAAUACUCAGGAAAGCGAAAAGAAUAUCAAACGACCUCAGGAAACCAGUAAGAAGUCGCCAGCCUCUCUACCAAAUAUUCUUAGGAGGACCCCGCAAAAAGCGCCCCCAGAAAGAGUCUGUCCCACUAGCCCUCUUGUAAAGCAAGCCAGCCAGUUAUUACAGGGCAUGCAGUUUCAGAGUCCAACUUCAAAGCAGUCGUCUCAGGAAAAUUUGCCUCUUCCAAGUACUCCAGGAUCUGGAUUGGAUGACAAGCCAUUGGAUAAUCAUAUCGAACAGACAAGGACUCCAACGUCCAAGCGUUAUAAUGAAGAUGGCGGAACUCCAAAACCAAUGCUCCCGCCUGCAACUCCAGAUAUGCCUACUUGCAGCCCUGCCAGUGAGGCUGGUAGUGAGAACAGUGUCAAUAUGGCUGCUCACACACUCAUGAUACUAUCGCGGGCCUCUCUUGCAAAGUCGACAGGUAACACUCCUCUGAAGGAUAAUACUCAGCAAUUAAAAUCUUCUAAGAGCACAUCUAAAAAGAGAAAGCUUGAAGAAGCUGAGGAAUCUGAGAGACAGUCACAUAAGAGAGAACAUCUAAGUCCAUCUACUUUGCCUAAAAAGAAGAAAGCAAAGAAACAUCGGAAGAAGAGCGAGGACACUUUUCCAGCUGGAAUGGACGUGGAUAAAUUUCUAAUGUCCCUUCAUUAUGAUGAAUAAUGUGAAUAGGGCACAUCAGUGCACAGUGUAUGUUAGAGCUAUUAUUAUGUUGUAUGUAAAGAUGUACAAAGAGGUGUGUAAAUAAUAGGCUUGAGAGCUUGCGUUCUAAUUUAAUAUUAAAGCACUUGCGUUGCUGCUGUAAAUAUUAAAUACUUGGAAAAGUUAUGUAAUUAUGUCACUUCUGACCUACUCACCCAAUAGAGUUGUAAAUGUGAGCUAUUUUGUUGCUUUUUCCGGCUUUUAAGCCGCUUUCUUUUAUAUGGCAUUGCAAUUCUGUUUUGAUAAAAAUCUUCUUAUUAAAAAG